AGAAAACUUUGAGAAACAAACUCUGAGGAAGUCUCAUCCCCAGGAGAGAUGUUUUGGGCAGGUGAUUCUCACUCACAAAAUCCAAACUGGAGAACAAGCCCAGAAGUGUAAUAAAUGGGAAAGAAAUUCAUUCUGAUCUCAGAUCUUGUUAUAUGUCAGAAAGAUCUCAUAGGAAGGAAACUCCACAAAUGUGACAUAUGUGGCAAGAGCUGAAAAUAUAAUUCAUUCCUAGUUAGACACCACAUAAUUCAUGAUGGAAGAAAACAUUAUGGUCGUGAUCAAUGUGGGAAAAGCAUUGGUCAGACUUCACAACUUAAUCAGCACCUAAAAAUGCAUAUUCGAGAAGACCUGUAUGAAUGUAAUGAAUGUGGAAGAGCCUUCAGCCAGAGUUCAAACUUAAUUCAGCAUCACAGAAUUCAUACUGGAGAGAAACCUUACGAAUGUAACAAAUGUGGGAAAUCCUUCAGCCAAAAUUCAAAUCUUAUUCGACAUCAAAGAAGCUAUACUGGACAAAAGCCAUUAGCGUGUAAUGAAUGUGGGAAAGCCCUUAGCCAGAGUUCAGACCUUAUUCAGCAACAGAAAAUUCACACUGGAGAAAGACCAUAUGCAUGUAAUGAAUGUGGGAAAGCCUUUAGUUCAAUUUCAACCAUUACUAAGCACAUGAGAAUUCACACAGGAGAAAAAUCUUAUCAAUGCAAUGAAUGUGGAAAAGCUUUCAGUCAGAGCUCACAGCUUUCCCAGCAUAGGAGAGUUCAUACUGGAGAGGGUCCCUGUGAAUGUGAUGAAUGUGGGAAAGCCUUCAACCACAAAUCACACUUCGAUGAACAUCAAAGAAUUCAUAUUGAAGAGAAACCCUAUGAAUGUAAAGCGUGUGGGAAGUCUUUUAAUCAUAAAUCAUUCAUUAUUGAGCACCAGAUGAUUCAUACCAGAGAGAAACUUUAUGAAGAUAAUGGAUGUGGGAAAGCCUUUAGCCAUAGCUCAAACCUUAUUUGA